AUGAAAUGCCUCCUCGUAUCCGAAUCGUUCAGGAACAAAAGGAAAAGUGCGUUUGGUGUUGAUUUCGGGAAAUGCGCGAACCGGUUUUUGAAUUUGUUGGAUAUUGAAGACCCCGGAGCUUUGGUCGAUUUUUCAAUGGCCCCAGUGAGAGUGGGAAAGAAAUCGCCCAAGAAAGCAGUCAAACAAGAUGGCAUCAAAGGCCAAUCCUCAAUUCUCAAAUUUUUCGCCACCGCCUCAACAUCGAAAAUGCCUACUCAAGUUGAAAAUUUCCCCGUGGUUCCUGAAAACCGAACUCCCGAAAAAGUUUUCGCCAUGAAAUGCAAUCCAUCCCUGCCGGAACCAUCGCCAGAAAUCGUUCAAAAAACGCCAGAAAUUCGACAGCAGAAGAAACAAAUUCGAAACAAGUUCAAAGUGGAGAAAUCUUCAGCAGCUUCGGGAAUGGCGACAUUGGCGAAGCGAAAAGCGAACCCGAGUCCGAGUCCCAGGAAACCCUUGGAUAAUCAAGUCGCUGUUUCACCUUUGACCAAAAAAGUAAAAUCAGAAUCAGAAGGUGGAAAAUCGCCGAUUGUCACAUUUUCGGAUGAACUUGAAAAGGCCUUGAUGGAGAGCUUCGAUUUCAGCUUUGAAGAAAACUUCGUUCCGAAACCUUCCAGAUCCCUCGAUUUCAAUCCUGAACUUGUCCAAUCGCUUGCUGUGAAAAGUCAACCGUUGCCAAAGGAGACUAUCAAAAGAAAUUGUGAUUUUUCAAAAAUUGAAGCUCCAGCAAUUCCAGACGCGCCGGUAACAGAAACCGAGAUGAAAACUGCUCAAAAUCUGCCGAAUGUUUAUUUUCGAUACACUGUGGAAAACAUAAUUGAAAGCAACGGUAGCAAAGUUUUGACUCUGAAAUCCUUUUUGACUGGGGAAUCCGUCGAAUGCAUUUUGUCUGGAUUAUGGAUUCGUACCGAAGUUGUAGUUGGGGAUACUGUGAACGCUUUUGCAACGAGUGGAUUUCCGCUGAAAAUUGACAAUUCCGCUGGAUUACUUGUGGUUAAUCCGGAUUUUUUGAUCUCUGGAACUUCCGUCGUAUCUGGUUUGUUUUGUCGACGAAAAGCCGUUUUAGCUCAAAGCAUCCGUGGUUGUGAUCCUGGAAACAAAGAAAUGCUCGUGGGAACUAUUCUGCAUUCCAUUUUCCAACGAACAGUGAAAGCCGGUUCAAUAGAUGAACGAUUUUUGAAAGAUCUCGUGCAAGCUGAGCUCAUGGAACCUUCAACUCUUCUAACUUUAUACGCCAUGGACAAAAGCGAGAAGGAAUUGUCUGAAGAGAUCAUGCGAAUUCUGCCAGCAAUUGUUGACUGGCUGCGUCGUUACUACGGCGCAGUAUUGACCGGAAAUUACGUGACUUCCGGUUUUAUUGAGCCUAAGAAGCCAUUGCUUCCGCAAUGGCGAGGAAAAGUGACGGAAGUUGUCGAUAUUGAAGAGAAUAUUUGGUCGCCACGGUUCGGGCUCAAAGGGAAGAUUGAUUUAAGCGUGCGAGUUCGAUCCGUUGGUGCUUCUAUUGAAGAUGUCCUUCCUUUGGAAUUGAAAACCGGAAAGCCGAGUUAUUCCCCGGAGCACAUGGGACAAGUUGUCCUUUACUCGAUGAUGAUGGACGACCGUAGGAAAUCCCGUGAACCCGUGGACUCGGAUUUCGGUGGGCUUUUGGUCUACCUUCGAGACGGAUCCACAGCAACGAUAAAAUCCCGGACGAGCGAACGAAGGGACCUCGUAAUGCGGAGAAACGAAAUGGCGAAAAUUUAUUCGCGGAAGGUUGUCAAGUGUGACGAGGAAGAAGAGGGAUUUCAGUUGCCUGUGUUACCGGAAGUGAUUUCGCAUCGGAAGGCUUGCGAAAAGUGUCCCUAUCUUGUCGCGUGUGCCGCUUACCAAAAAGUGGUUGAGAAGACUGAAUAUCCUGAAGAUCAUCCGAUGUCUGUUUUGGUGCCAGCUGCUGUUGGACACCUGAGUGCGUCCCAGUUGGCUUAUUAUAAAAAGUGGACUCUUUUGAUGAGUCUGGAAAGCCAAGACGCGGUGAAGCAGCGAACCCGAGACGAUUAUUCGACCAAUAAUAAUGAUAUUUGGACCAUGUCUGCCGAAGACAGGGAAAAGAAAGGUGACGGCCUGUCGGACAUGGUGCUGAGGUCCGGAGAAAAAGCCGAAUUCCAGUCCGCCAGACGAAUUCUUCACAAGUUCGUCAAACGAACCGGAACGAAAAUCGGUGUUGGCCUGAAUGUCGACGAUUACGUCAUUGUCAGUUCCUCCGAUGGCGUAUUUCUGGCUCUGGCCGCCGGCUAUGUUGUCAAGUUAGACACGGAUUCCAUCGUUCUCGGACUCGAUCGAGAUUUGACGGGAAAUUUCAAUGGAAACCUAACCAAGGAAUUCAGGAUUGAUAAAACGGGAAAUUCUAUGGAUUUCUCGACAGCCAUUUGCAGAGGCUAUUUGUUGCAGUUGAUGGAUGAUUCCACGAGUUGUGAAGAGCUUCGUCGAGUCAUCAUUGACAGGGAAGUUCUCCCGAAGGUGAAGAAGUAUUCCUUGUCCAAAUGCCUGUCGGCCAAAGACGUCAUCAAGGAGCUGAACGAGCGUCAGCAAAGGGCCGUCAUCCACGUGUUGAUGAGUCAAAAGUACGCCCUGGUCAGAGGUGUCCCUGGCAGUGGGAAAACGCGACUCGUCGUGGCCCUGCUUCGCACACUCGCGGCUCGCAUGAACAAAACCGUGUUGUUGGUGAGCUACACGCAUUCCGCGAUUGACAAUGUGUUGUGCAAGUUGUUGCGCGAACACGGCGAGGAAUUCGGUGCCCGGAAUGUGGUGCGGUUGGGCAACGCGUCGCGGGUCCGAGAUGACGUGAUGGAAGUUAGUGACGACGUCCUGACGCGCGACGUCAGGACUGUGGCCGACUUGGAAGCCCUGUAUGCAUCUAAGACCGUCGUUGCGACAACGUGUCUCAGCUUGGCUCAUCCAAUGUUUGCCAGAGGCAGGAAAUUUGACGUUUGCAUCAUAGACGAAGCAGCGCAAGCCCCUCAACUUGCUGCAAUUGGCCCGCUAUUCUUCGCUGAAAAAUUCGUUUUGGUCGGUGAUCCUCAUCAGCUGCCUCCUGUGGUCGUCAGUGACUCUGCCAAGUUAAUGUUCAGUGGAAUCUUGGAUCCGUAA